AUGAUCAUGGAAAGAACCUCUACAUCUUUCUCUUCUUCAACUCCUCAAUGGAAAUAUGACGUCUUUCUGAGUUUUAGAGGUGAAGACACUCGAAAGAGUUUUACAGACCACUUAUACACUGCAUUGGAACGUCACGGAGUACUAACUUUCAAGGAUGACCCUGAACUUCAAAAAGGGAAAGCUAUUUCUCCAGAACUUUUUACUGCAAUUCAAGAAUCGAGGUUUGCACUCAUUGUGCUGUCAAAAAAUUAUGCAUCAUCAACUUGGUGUUUGGAUGAACUUUUAAAGAUUCUUGAAUGCAUGGAAGCAAGAGAAGCAGUGCUACCAAUUUUUUAUGAUGUCGAUCGCUCUGAUGUACGAAAGCAAACAAGAAGUUUUGCAGAAGCCUUCAGUAAACAUGAAGAAAAGCUGAGAGAUGACACAGAGAAGGUGCAAAUGUGGAGAGAUGCUUUAAGGAAAGUGACAAAUUUCUCUGGAUGGGAUUCAAAAGGCAGGUCUGAAUCAAAGCUCAUCAAAGAUAUUGUUGAAGUGGUAGGGAAAAAACUGUGUCCUACCUUGUUAAGUUAUGUUGACGACUUAGUUGGAAUUGAUUCAAGAUUGAAACCAAUCACUUCGUUUUUAGAUGCAAGGGUGGAUGAUGUUUACUUUAUUGGGAUAUGGGGGAUGGGGGGUAUUGGAGCCACAUUGAUAAGGAGGUUUCUACGUCACAAAAAGGUUCUUCUAAUUCUUGAUGAUGUGAACCAUUUGGACCAGUUAGAAUAUUUGGCUGGAAAGCAUGAGUGGUUUGGUUCUGGGAGUAGAGUUCUCAUUACAACUAGAAAUGAGCACUUGUUAAUUGCACAUGGUGUGGAGAGAAGAUCUAAGGUGGAAGGAUUAGGUAAUGAUGAAGCUCUUCAAAUUUUUUGUAGGAAAGCCUUUAGAAAAGCUUACCCCGAAGAAAACCAUCUUGUUUUGUCAAGUUGUGUUGUGAAUUAUGCCAAAGGUGUUCCAUUAGCUCUUAAAGUCUUGGGCUCUUUUUUCUAUGGAAAAGAUACAAGUGCAUGGAAGAGUGCGGUGGAUAAACUAAGAGAAGUUUGUAAUUCGGAAAUUAUGGAGACACUUAAACUAAGUUAUGAUGGUCUAGAUGAUGAUGAGAAGAAAAUUUUUCUAGACAUUGCAUGUUUCUUUAAUGGGAAGGGCAAAGAUCGAGUAAGAGAAACACUGGAUGCUUGCGGUUUAUGUUCAGAUAUUGCAAUACAUGUCCUUGUUGAGAAAUCCCUCUUAACUAUUAAUCCAUCUGGCACUCUAUUGAUGCAUGAUUUGCUUCAAGACAUGGGCCGGGAAAUUGUCCGUCGAGAAUCUCUUGAUGAGCCAGGCAAGCGCAGUAGGUUGUGGCGUAGUGAAGAUGUCAAUCAUGUAUUGAGCAAAAAUACAGGAACAGAAGCAAUAGAAGGUAUUGUUCUGCACCAAGUUGAGCCAAGGGUGGUGUGUGCAAAUGCUAAUUCCUUCUCAAUGAUGAAAAGACUAAGAUUCCUUGUUAUCAAUAAUGUGGACCUCUUAAACAAGCUUGAAUAUCUUCCCAAUAGUUUACGGAUUCUUGACUGGCUCCAAUUUCCUCUAAAAUCUUUGCCACCAUCUUUCAAUCCAAAGAAUCUACAUGAACUCAACAUGCGUAAUAGCUGCAUUGAACAUCUUUGGAAGGGAAUGACGCCUUCUUACUAUUUGAAAAUGAUUGAUCUCAGCCAUUCUUUAAAUCUGGUGAAGACCCCGGACUUUAGAGGUAUUCCGUCUCUUGAGCGUCUGAUUCUUCAAGGUUGUAUACGAUUGCAUGAGGUUGACCCAUCUGUUGUGGUGCUUGAAAGACUUACUUUGAUGAACUUGAAAGAUUGCAAAAACCUUGUGCUUCUUCCAAGCAGAGUAUGUGGCUUAAAAUCUCUCAGAGUUUUUAAUGUUUUUGGUUGCUCAAAGCUUGAGAAAUUGCCUGAAGACUUGGGUCAUGUUGAGAGUUUGGAAGAGCUUGAUGUGAGUGGAACUGCUAUACGAGAACCACCUGCCUCAAUUCGGCUUUUGAAAAACCUUAAAGUAUUAUCUCUCCGUGGAUUUAAAGGACCAUCAUCAAAUCCAUGGAAUGUUCUGCUUUUACCUUUCCGGUCGUUGCUGAGAAUAAGUUCAAAUCCUACAACUAGUUCGUGGUUGCCUUGUUUAUCUGGUUUGCAUUCUUUGACACAACUGAACCUAAAGGACUGCAAUCUCUCGGAACGAGCAAUUCCCAAUGAUCUUGGCUGCCUGUCCUCAUUAACACAUUUAGAUGUAAGUAGAAAUGCAUUUGUUAGCCUCCCCAAGAGCAUCUGUCAACUUUCUCGACUUGAAUUUCUUGACGUGGGGCAUUGCCAGAGACUUGAAACAUUGCCAGAGCUUCAAUCUAGUAUAUACUAUUUUGAAGCUUAUAAUUGUAAUUCAUUAGUAGCAUCUGGUCCGGACAUCAUUAGACUCUUUGCUAACUGUCUCAAACAGGUGAAGAAGCUAUUCUGUAUGGGUGCGGAAUAUAUUGAAUCUGAAUGUAAUUAUCUUCAUCCUGGAAAUGAAAUUCCAGAGUGGUACAAUCUUAAAAGUGCACAACUUACUGGAUGUAGUUGUGAAUUCAUUGUUCCUGGAAAUGAAAUUCCAGACUGGUUCAAUCAUAAAAGUGUGGGGUCAUCAUCAGUAAGUGUAGAGCUGCAUCCAGGUUGGUCUACUGAUUAUAAGUGGAUGGGAUUUGCAUUGUGUGUUGUUUUUGCCAUCCAUGGAAACCGGAGUCUGUCUAGUCCUCGUUAUCCUAUUUAUUGCCAACUGAGUGUAAACGGAGGACCAUUUUGUUGGUGGCCAGUUGCUGGUUGCUCAUUGGGAUCCGAUCAAUCUGGGCCAGACCACCUUUGGUUAUACCAUGUUCCUUGUCAUUACUUCUUUUUCACUGAGUUGCACACCAGGCUUGAAUUUUUAUUUCUGGUCAACGAAUCAAUAGUGGAAGUGAAGAAGUCUGGGAUCCGUAUAGCAUAUGAGGAAGACGUGGAAGCUCUUAUCAAGCAAACAUAUUCCAGGCAGAGCAGGGUUAGCAUUUGUAAAGAGGUUUUGGAAUUCCCCAAUAGCGAUUGUCAGAAAGCAUCACCAUCUGUAUCACUAUCAGAAUUAGAAUCAAAAUCAGGUGGCAUUGCCACCAAGCGAGGCCUUGAACCCUGUGAUGAUGGUGCACGAUGUAGUGAAAAUGGUUGUAUUAAUGAAGAAGAAUGUCAUCCGAAAAGAUCAAAGCAACACUAG